CAUUGGUUGCCGGUUUUCAGUUCGGUGGGGGAAGUAAAAUGGCGGACAUGGAUGGGCAGGGCCUUUUAUUGUGUUCAGAAAUGUGAACUCUUCAAUGCUUUUAAAAACCUUUAGGUUUUAAGAAAAUAUUUGAACGCUUGCAUUACAGAUUGAGCUCUUUUCAAGUUAGUUUAUCCAGCUUGAGCUCCAACGAUAAAGAUGGGGGCGGAUGAAGAUUAUAAAGAGGCUGGCCUCCCGGAACCAAAGGUAAAGAUAGAAGAUAAUUCCAGAAAAGAAGGCGAGGACAAAGAAUUUAUUAAAGAGGAAGGAAAGGAGGAUGAUGAGCAUAACACUCAGAGGAGAAAGAAAUCGGGCUUGAGAUGUAACCAAGAAAACAGAGAGUCCCUAGAUGAUCAGCCCAGUGAACUGGGAGCUUCUGUGGUUGCCAUAGAGACCUCCUUCUCUUGGAUCCCUGGGCAGUCCUCAUCCCUGCAGCUGGUUGACAGUGGUGACAUUGAAGUAGAGCUCACAGCAGAGGUGCAAGUAGAAGAAGGAUCAACCCUUGCUUUGCUGUCAUCAUUGGCACCGCUUGCUGGCAACCGGAAGAUAGGCGUUCACUUCUCUCACCCCCACUCCAGAACGCUUAGACUGAUGAAGGAGCUUCUGACGCUUGGCUGCCCUUCAUUUUCUCCUCCUUGGGUCACAGGCUCCACUCCAGCCCCAGGCUUUAGGAUGAGGCCUACCUCUGCUCUCACCAAGAGCCCCCUCCCCUCUUCACCCUCCAGCUCCCCCUCCUCCCCUUCCUCUCCAUCAUCACCCUCCUCUUUACCGUCAUCGUCCUCUUCCUCGCCUGGGGGAGCUGGUAACGGUUACCACGACACUGAUGACAGAGUCCACUCUGGUGCUGGUGGAAUCACCAACUCGACAGGUGAUGUCGUAUCAUCUACCUCCUCUUCCCUGGGCCCCUCCCACUCCCUUAAUGGCCCACCCCCUUCCUCCUCCGAUCUUGAAUGCCGUCGUCUGGCUCCGCCUGCACACACAGAAGACGACUCUCAAAAAGAGGACCCGGAGAUGGAGAUCUACGACCCAUUCCAGCCCACGGAUGGAGAAGUGGAGCAAGAUGGUUCAAAAACCCUGGAAGAGGAGGAGGAGGGAGACAAAUAUGACCCCUUCCAACCAACAGGCUCCCCUGCUUCAGAGGAGCCUGAUGACGGAGGCUCAGAUGGAGAGGGGGCUCCAGGAAGCGCUAGUGGGGAUGCUCUGAACCGCACGGACGACGCCGAGGUGGAGGGGCUGGACGGUGUCCCGCAGGAUUCCCCUCCAUACUCCACGGAAGCCGCAGCCUCAGCUUCAGCUCCCUCCCCUGGCCCCGCUCCUGCUCCUGCCACUGUGCCCUACAGCCCACAGCCACCCCCGAGGAAGCGGGUGCUCCGAGACGGAGCGAGGGAGCAGCGGCGGAUGCGCGAGAGGAGGGAGGACUCGGAGCACUCUGAGAUUGAGGAGGGCGAGAUAGUGGGCGCGGGUGACAAGGAGAGGUGGCGGGAGCGGGUGGAGGAGGUGCCGGGGGUCAUGGGGAUGGGGAUGAAGACAGAGCGUAUCCUGCGGGUGAUGGAGGGCGACGGGUUCGUGUCCGUCUGCACGGAGGCCACCUGGGAGGAUGAACCGACCACACCGCCGCUGGUAGUGGGGGUGGGAGACCUUCGGAGGAAGCUGACCAGCAGAAGGAAGGAGCGCUUCCGCUCCUGCCCCGUGUCCGUGACCCUUUCCCCUUCACCAGCCCCACUUCCACCCGCCAUUGCCCUGCCCUCACCCCCAGCUUCCCCCUCCCUCUCAAAAGACCACGAGAAGAGCAGGAAGUCCUCUAAGAGCUCCCGAGAGCGACGCAAGCUAAAGGAGAGCAAAGCGGGAGAGAAAGAAAAGAGGAAGAAGAGGAAAGAAACAAAGGAGAGCGGUCGGGAGCAGAAGGAGAGAGACAGGGAGAGGCGGAGUGAGAAGGAGGAGAGGCAGAAGGAUGAAGGGAGGAGGAGCAGCAGGAGCUCCAGCCGAAAGAGGAAGAGGAGAAAGCACAGCAGUCCGGAGCCUUCCCACAGUUCUGCUGUCCGACACACACACUCGAGUCGGCGGUCCUGGUCUACCCACUCGGAUGACCAUCACAGAGACAGGGACCGGGAGAGAGACCGAGAUGGAGAGAGAGAUCGAGACCGAGAUGGAGAGAGAGAUCGAGACCGAGAUGGAGAGAGAGAUCGAGACCGAGAUGGAGAGAGAGAUCGACACAGAGAUGGAGAGAGAGAUCGAGACGGGGAACGAGAAGGGGGGAGGGAACGAGACCGAGAGCGGGAUCGUGAAAGGGAGAGAGACAGAGACGGGGAGAGAGACAGAGACGGGGAGAGGGACAGAGGUAGAGAGAGAGUGAAGCGAAGAAGUGAUCGAGAAAGGGAUAGGAGCAAAGACUCCAGAGGGAAGAGCAGGAGAAAGAGAGAAAGGGAGGAUGGAGACCAGGGCUCUAGCAGUAGAGAGAGAGGGAGCCUGAAACGGUCAAAGAGCAGCAGAGAGAGGAGGGAGGACACGCAUGAGCGAGACAGACACAGAGAGAGGGAGAGGGACAAGAGGAGAGACGGACGGCCCGUUGUUCCGCCGUCCAUCCAGGACUUGAACGGGCCGGACCUGUUUGCCAUCAAACGCACCAUCACCGUCACCACGACGACCACCACCACAACUUUGCCAGGGUCGCCAGGGCAGGGCCAGCGGUCCUCCCUAAGCCCGGCCUCAGGUCGUUCUCACAAGAGGAAAAGGAAGAGGAGGAAGCACUCGGAUGAAGAAGAGCAGCAGGAGGAGGAGGAGCGCUCCAGGAAACACCGCAGUCACUCGCGCCACACCUCCCUCUCACCUCACCGUUACCGUGGCUAUGAUUCAGACCGCUUCUCUGAGCGUCCGGAAGUGGACCUGCUGUCAUUAGAUGGUGAGGCGCUGGACUCUGACUACCCCUCGUUGGAAGACUCUCCCCUCCUCCUUCGAUCCCCUGAGCCCCCUCCCUCCCCUCCGCCCAAAAGCAGCCCCCCUCCCAAAGCCCCCACCCACCGACCCAAGAAGAAGUCGCAUGCCGCCAAGAAAACCAGCCAAUCAGAGUCCACGUCCCUCAGAGCCAAAACCAAAAGCAAGCGCCUGAUGACCUCAUCAUCGCCUCCGCCCCUCUCGCCCACUGCCUUUGCCCCCUCCCUGCCUAAGCCUGCCACAUCAGCCAAGCGUACCCAGAAAAACAGGAAAGAGAAGGAGCGAGAGAAAGGAGGCAAGAAGGAGUCUGGACGGUCGGGACACUCCAAGAAACUGGGCGGAAAGAAGGCCAAAUUGCAGUCAAAGGUGUCCGUUCUGGUGCGGGAGGGAGUGAGCAGCACGACGGGCACCGCUGCCCCCGGGGCUGCUGGGAAGCUUGGUGUUGACCACAUGGGACCAGGUGGGGCGGUGGGCGGCUCCUCCUCGGUGGUGGGGGGUUCUAUCGCCGUGGUGUUCCGGCGGGACAACGAGAGCCGCUCGCCGUUCCUGAAGCCGUGCUCGGAGCCACUGUCCCUGCAGUCCCGUGGCAAAGACCCCGGCAAGGCCAGCCAGCAGAAGCAGAGGAACGUCCUGGCCCCAGCCAGCGUCACCAGCCCGACCCUCCUCAAGGCAAAGAAGGCCACGCCCACCUCCAGCACGUCCUCCUCCACCUCCUCGCCCUGCUCCUCCUCGGUGGCCAAGCGGCGCCGUCGUCCGGGGAAGAAGCUUCGCGAAAAGAGCGCCACUGGUGGCGAGGUGAAGGCACCGCCUGGGAUCUCGCUGCCAAAACCAUCCAGUCCACCGACAUUGCUCCCUGCCCCCACCCCUUCCUCGUCAUCUUCAUCCUCCUCUUCUUCCACCAGCGUUCUGCCUCCUUCCUCCUCACCCCCUCACACGCCGCCCCUCUCCCUGCCGCUUCCAUCCAGAGAUACCCGCGAUUCCAGCCCUGACUCGCAGACAGUGGACAGCAGCUGCAAGACCCCCGAGCCCUCCUUCCUGCCUGAGGAGCCCCAAAGUGGACCCCUGCCGGCCAGCCCACCCCCCACACUGCUCUCCUCUUCAGCCGGGGGGUCUGGUGCCGCUCAGUCAGCAGCCAGCACCAAGCCCCCUGUCCUGGAUGAACAGAAGACCUCGCCUCCCUGCUCCACUUCAUCCGGCUCGGCAGUUCCCUCCCUACCCCUAUCCCUCCCGCCUUUGGCUGCUGACCUCUCCACUUCUUUCUCAUCCGUGUCAUCGUCGUCAGUAGGCAAACCCCAACCCCCUCCGCUGCCCUGGAGUCUGCAGACAGGAGUGGACUGCACUGCAGGGGGCGUGUUAGCUUUAACGGCACUCCUGUUUAAAAUGGAGGAGGCUAACAUCGCCAAUCGCGCCAAAGCACAGGAGUUCAUCCAAGCCACAAGUCAGAUUUUCUCACAGGCGAACCAGACACAGCAGCACGCCCCCUCCUCUUCCUCCACCUCUUCUUCCUCAUCCCAAGCCCCUCCCCUAUCAUCACUGGCUCCAUCCUCUGGUCCCAAUCCAGCACAGUUCAUUCUUCACAGCUCUCUCCCACUUGGUAGUUGCACCAAAACCCCGCCAACCCAUCUGCUUCCUGGGCUUUCAUUGGGUGGUGGAUGUGCACAAACUCCACCCCCUCCCAAUCUGCCUGCUGGGAUUGGAGGAACAAGUGAAGGAGCCUGGGAUGUGGAUAGUAAAGAUCCCGACAAGUACCUGAAGAAGCUGCACACACAGGAGCGUGCAGUGGAGGAGGUCAAGCUGGCCAUCAAGCCUUACUAUCAGCGCAAGGACAUCAAUAAGGAUGAAUACAAAGACAUCCUGAGGAAAGCUGUACACAAGAUCUGCCACAGCCGCACAGGCGAGAUCAACCCGGUCAAAGUGAGCAACCUUGUCAAGCUUUAUGUGCAGCGUUACAAAUACUUUCGUAAGCAUGGCCGCAGGAUGGAUGAAGAGGACCGGGAGCUCAUGCAUCCCUCCCCCUGAUUGGACAUCGGAAGUGCUUAACUGGGCUCCCCGCGCCCCUCCCCUUUGCCUGGCUCUUGAUGCUGAUUGGCUACACCAGUCAUGGACCGCCUUUUUAUCCUGCACGUGUUUGGGUCCUUUAGGGCCACUGAGUGACAGCUGUUUGUUUUUAAUCCCCUCAUAUAAGUCUCGUUCCCCCUUGCCUCUUUGUUUAUCAUGUCUUGUUGUACAGGUUUAUGAGUAGGAGCAAAAAACACACACAAAGAAAACGUAUGUAACAAGAAACAGACAUUAAGAGGGAGAGAUGACACUUGCCCACCUAUACACAGUUACAUCUAUAUUAGGCAUCCUAAGCCUGUACAUACUGUUAAGGACACUACUACUAUGACGGUGGUGUCUCGCCCCUGGAAUGGUGUGCAGGUUUGGCCUGCAUAGUCGUUACUCUAUGUGAGUGUGGACGUGGAUGAGUGGACUUCAAUAUCUAAAUAUAGACAUUUGACAAUGUU